AUGAACUCCGACUCGGCUCGCCGGGCAGAAGACCGCCUUCAUCACCAGCAAAACGUACCUACCGAUUCAGACCGUCAGUAUGCAAGCAACACCUAUGGUUCUGGCCAUGCGCCGCACUCGACUGCUACUGGAGCCGCUGGUAGUGCCAUCGAACAUGCCCUGGAUCGGCAUCAAGACCCUACCUUCCGCCCCGACCACACAGUAGAUCCGCAGACCACCGAGCGACCCGUAUCGCGAACAAGAGAGGAUGGCGCUGUCGGAGUUGGCGAAGGCCCUCAGAUCCUCAGCACCUCGAACCAGGUCGAGACACUAUGCGGUCCUCUGCUCAACUACAGAUACAUGAGUGGGCAGUCGACAGACAACCCUUCGUGGCAUGGCAGUGUCCUGAUUGUCACUACGCCUGGCCAGAAGCAGCCUCAGCUUGUCAUCCGUGGCGCCGCCAUUGACUUCAGCAGACAGAUCGACGGUGUCAAGCUGUAUGAAGAUCCCAAGAGCGCCUUCUGGCGAUUCGACAUCCAGAUUCCCUUCCUUCCUCAGGAAUCCAGGUGGGAUUACGAAAUCCCUGGCGCCAGAUAUGUCGAUUCCAAGAAGACGGUCGCUCCUGGCCCCAAAUCAUUCUACAUUCCCUCCAAGACGCAGUCCAUGAGAAUCAUGUUCCACUCGUGCAACGGCUUCUCUGUCGGUACCGAUACUGACGCUUGGUCUGGUUGCGCCCUGUGGAACGAUGUUUUGCGCAUGCACGAGCAGAAGCCUUUCCAUGUCAUGAUUGGUGGUGGCGAUCAGAUCUACAAUGACGGAGUCAGAGUCGACGGUCCGCUAAGACCUUGGACUGACAUCGGCUCACCCCACAAGAGAAGACACUUCCCAUUCAACGAAGAGCUGCGCGCCAAGUGCGAUGAGUACUACUUCAACAACUACGUGCGCUGGUACGGAACCGAGCCCUUCUCCUUUGCCAAUGGCCAAAUCCCUCAGCUAAACAUCUGGGACGACCACGAUAUCAUCGAUGGUUUCGGCAGUUAUACCGAUCACUUCAUGAGAUGCGCCGUCUUCAGGGGCAUUGGUGGAGUUGCUCACAAAUACUACUUGCUCUUCCAACACCAUCUCGCUCCUCCGAAGAGUACCUUCACCACAGACGCGCCCCAGACCGUUCACGCCAAUGAGAGUGGAACAGCUGAUCCUGACGCCGUACAGUUGAACGAUGCCUUCGUCAAGACGGGAGACGAGCACGAGCCAUCGUACAUCAUCGGCUCCAAGCCUGGACCUUAUGUCGAAGAGCGCAGUAGAUCAAUGUACUGCCAGCUUGGUGCACGUAUCGCCUUCGUUGGUAUUGACGCCAGAACGGAGCGCACAAGACAUCAGAUCAACUAUCCUGAGACCUACGACCAAAUCUUCCAGCGUACAUCUGCUGAGCUUCAAGCAAACUCUGCCAUCAAGCAUCUCAUUCUGCUCCUGGGAGUGCCAAUCGCCUACCCUCGUUUGCAAUGGCUAGAGAACAUUCUCCAGUCACCCGUCAUCGGUCCUCUUCGUUUCCUUAACAAGAGAUUCGGAGUUGCCGGCGGCUUCUUCAACCAGUUUGACGGCCAGGUUGAUCUUCUCGACGAUUUGGACGACCACUACACGGCGCAUCAACACAAGACUGAGCGCAGAGAACUGAUCCAGCGUCUGCAGGAUCUUGCCAAGAGACACGGUGUCCGCAUCUCUAUUCUUGGUGGUGACGUUCAUCUUGCAGCUUUGGGUAGAUUCUACAGCAACCCCAAGCUCAACAUCCCCGUUGAGAAGGAUUGGCGCUACAUGGCUAACAUUGUGUCUUCUGCCAUCACCAACAAGCCUCCUCCAUCGGCCGUUGCAAACCUUCUCGCUAGCCGUAACAAGAUCCAUCAUCUUGACCACGACACCGACGAGACGUUGCUCAACCUCUUCGACAAGGAUCCUGGCCAUGGACGCGACGAUGUUAAGAACAAGACAAAGGACAAGAACCAUUGCACUAUGCCCAGUCGCAACUACGCAAUCAUCGCAGAGUCGCACGACGGUUUCGGAUCUUCAGUUGGCGCUGCUGUUAAUGCCGCAACUAACGGCUAUACCAAUGGCCACACCAAUGGACAGACCAACGGCCAUACCAAUGGUCAUACAGACGGCGCUUCCACACUCACGGCCACCCAGUUCCCAGCCGGAGGUAACCCUCGCGACGCUUUGCACGCAGGUGAGCAAAAGGCUGGUACUACUCAUCCUGCUGCUGAGGGCCUGCAGAACACUGGUCUGGGUGGUCCUGAUGGUCUCGAUGUUUGCAUCAAGGUCGAGAUUUCGUCCAGCGACCGUGAGGGUCACACUCAGGGCUACGGCUUCUCUAUCCCUGGACUCGAUGCUGGUGCAUACAAGGGUCAGGGCACUUCAUGGUAA